AUGUCGACAACCGCGACGAGACAUGUGAAAUCAUCGAACUCAGCAAACAUAUUGAUGUGCAAACAAUGGUGGAAAGUAUGCUGGAUGUAUGGAGACCAAGAGAAGUACUACAGGCAAUUAUACGGAAGGAGAAAAAUCAACACACCAACAAACCCAUUCUUUCACGAUGUAGACACCAAACGCGAUGGCGCCCAAAUAACGGAGCUAACGGACGAGUUUUUUGAAGAUAACUUCAACAAUAUAGAACCAGCUCCAGAUGAAACAAACAAAAAACCUGAUAAAGAAUGGUUUGGUGCCGAAUCAGAACCUAUAUAUGGUUUCGAUAAAACCUGGCAAAAUGACCAAAGACGACAACCAAUACAAAGUUAUGAAGAUUUGAAUGAAUUCCUAGCUUCAAAUAUUAGUAGUGAUAGUAUAAAGAACAUGCUAAAUAACGGUCUACCUCUAGAGCCUAAGAGUGAAUUGAUAGAUUCUAAAGAAGUUUUGCAUAGAAAUGGUGAUGUUUUUGGCAAAACAUCCAAAACAGUGUGUAAAACAAAAAAAGGUGCCAUGAUUACUGAAGAAACAGAUAUAUCAAGUGAUGGAAAAACAAUGGCGAGUCUGAAAUUUCAAAGAUCGACCGUGAAGACUGGACCAAAUAAAGUUAAGGAAAUCCUCCAACCCCUCAAAGAGGAUGCAGUGUUAGACGAAUGUUCUCGUAAGAAAUGUGUAGGAGACAAGCUGACCACGACCACCACCACUUUGGUCACAGUCACACAGACAUUAGUCACCAGUUGUAAUGAG